ACGGCAGCGGAAAAUUGGAAAAAAACAUUGAACGGAAAACACCUAUGGAUAUGGAAAACACAGAACACGUAUGCAAAUCACUGGUCUGUUAAAUAUUCAUGAGAGAAACGACGAGGCUUCGUUGCAUCAAAAUGAUUCAAAUGCUCGAAUGAGGCACUCCGCGGACAUCUACUGUCUAACAAGCGUAAAUGCAAUGGAAAGAUUCGAGUCUGCAGCAGCUGUAACGUGGUACUUGUGAAAUACGAUCUGAAAAUUCACAACUAAAGAUUAAUUCAACCGUAACCAACCUGUUUUUAACUGCGAAACAUGAAAAUCUUAAAUUCAGAAGAGUUAAAGUUAGCCGAGAUCACUUUACACGAGCACUUGCCUAAAUCCUUAAAAGUGUACGGAUUUGUUUUCGCCAUAAACAGAGGGAAACCGCACACUUUGGAGGUUGUGGUAGACUCGUGGCCAGCUUUUACUACUAUAAUUGUUCGUCCAGAUCCAAAUAAUUGUCGAGCCAAAGACUUUAUGAAGAAGGUCACUCUGUACACUACAAAUGAAGAAGACUUGAAGAGAAUGUUGACUGUGGAAAACGCAAUUGACUGGAACACAUACUUCUUAAUAGGAGGAUGUGAUGUACGUCAUUCGCCUAUGCUGAAGGAAAUUGCUGCUUCUCGGAGUGUCCAAAUGAAGGGUUUCUCCUUAGUGCACCUAAUGAUAUUACCUGAGCCAAAGCAUUUACCUGAGCUCAGUAACAGUGACCUUGAGACCAAAGUGUCGGUACUUAAUGCGUCCCAUGCCGAUGUAGUCAACAAGGCUUGGAAAUUUGGUGGGGAUGAGAAAGGUUACAAGAACAUCCUAAAUCUCAUCACCCAUUUCCCUACGUGCUGCAUUACAGAUGACAACAACCAGCCUGUGUCUUGGAUCCUUUUGUAUGAUUACUGUGCCUUAGGUAUAUUGUACACACAACCAGAGCAUCGAGGAAAGGGCUAUGCCAAAGCCCUGGUCACUACAAUGGCGAAGAGGCUUCAUUCUCAGGGCUAUCCUGUUUACUGUUUUAUUGAAGAUUGCAAUCAGCUUUCCUACAAACUUUUUACAAGCCUUGGUUUUACUGAGGACCCUUCUUAUAUGGCUGCCUGGUAUGAAUUCAUUACUCCUCAUGAAUCUCACCCAAUAAGUUUGGACGCAUUACAAAAACCACAGAUCCUUAAUAAACACGUGAUAGGUCUGCUCAGUUUAUUGCACGACUCACGAGGCAUUAAAAAGCAGGAACCUACAGUCGACACGAGACGAUCUGUAGCAGAGCGCGCGAUGUACCAGCUGACCACAAAGGAACUCAAGACCCUGGAAGUAGACCUUAAAAAGUACUUCCCACACUCGCUGCAGGUAUAUGGGUACAUUUUUCAUCUCAACAGAAUUGGUCAGAGAGCAGAUCCCAUUAGUGUAUUUGUAGACCACUGGCCAGAGUUCCAAGUUGUACUCAUUAAACCAGACAUUCUGGAGAAAGGAGACCAUUUCAAGGAUCUGAGUGUAUUUUCCAAAAAUGAGGGUCAUCUCAGAGACAUACUAGCACAGACAGACAUCAUUCAUUGGAAUACGUUUAUUUGUUUGGCCAUCGAUCUUCAUCAUAGAGAGAUACUAGAAACUAUUGCAGCAAACAAAGGUGUACCUGUAAAUAAAGCAGCUGUGUGCCGCAUGAUGGUUCUUCAAGAACCAUCAAAAAUUGUACCCGUUGAUAGUUUAUCACUGAAGAUAUCUUCCCUUAAUGAGUCCCAUAUUGCUCUAAUCAACAAUACCUGGAAGUUUGGCAACGAACACAGCAUUCGAAUGAUUAGGAAUAUGAUUUUAAACUUCCCCUCCUGUUGUGUUCUGGAUUCAGAUGAUCAGCCAGUAGCAUGGGUAUUGACUUAUACUUUCGGUGCAAUGGGAAUGUUGUACACGAUUCCAGAACACAGAAGAAAGGGCUAUGCAAAAGCUUUAGUUUCCAUUAUGUCAAGAAGACUGCACUCUCAAGGUUAUCCAGUGUAUUGUUAUAUAGAAGAGGAAAACCAGGUGUCCUAUAGGCUCUUCACAAACCUGGGAUUCACAAAGGAUCCAGAAUACAGGACAACCUGGGUUGUCUUAAAUGAUUUCUGAACAAUUAC